AGCCUCACUAUGGUAUAUGGUCCCUCUAGUCUACUAUUUAUGGUUUCGGGGGUGUUCUAUCUGUCACGCACCCUCUCUGGUGUGUCCCAUCUAGCCUUCACACUGCCUCUCUAUGGGCUCGUUUGCCUCCCUCUAGGCCUCACUUUCCUUCUCCAUGGUUUCUGCGGGGCCCCUCUACCCCUGACGUUUCCGCUCUGUGGUCUCUCGCGUGGCUCCCGGUCUGGGAGCCGGGACGCAGGACCGAGAUGUGGCGGCUGCCAGGGCUGCUGAGCCGAGCCCUUCAUCGCCUCCAUGUGCUGAAUGCUUCAAGCUCUAUCCAUGGGAUCCCAACCCUCCCCACCAAUGAGGAGUUCCGGAACGCCACCUCAGCAAUCAGUGCUGGACAGACUCCAUCUGAACAGAGUUAUUUUCUCUCACCCGGCUGGCAGAGCAGACAGGGUCGAGAUGGUUGGGAGCAAGGGAAUGCGCAGAGACCCUUCUUGAACCUGCAGCCUCACUACACAGUCCUCGAUGCCUUCACCUGGGGUGCACUAGCUGUGCUUGUUCUGCAGUUGGCCAGGCAGAUCCCAUGGCUGAGCCCCGUGCCAGGGGCAGGAAGAGAGGACGGGCAUCCCCGAGUGGGCGGGUUCCUCUCUUCUCUGCUGCCUCAUCAGCACUCAGUGCCAGCUGCAGGCUCAUCCAGUUGCCACAGUAACCAGAAGGUGCCCUCCUUCCUGCUGGAAGGGAUUCCAGAUGCUGCACCAGAGAAUCCAUCCUCUGGCAUCCCCUCAGGGCAAGGAAAGCACCAGCUCUGCCCAGAAACAGAGGAGCAUUCAUUCCCUGAGAGCUGCAGCACCAGCCUGGGGCCAGCCCACUGCAGUGUACAGGGGCUGUCAUUUUCCACUCUACAGGGGAAGCCAGCACAGCAGGAACGCCUGGAGGAAGCAGCUACCCAGCUGCAGCAGGUGUUCCGGGUCAGCGUUUCCAUUGCGCUCAAUAUCCUUGGGAUUGAGAAAGUGAGUGAUGGCCACUACAGGGCAGCCUAUUCCUGCUUCAGGCUGGCAGCAGAUCGGGGCUACAGCAAAGCCCAGUUUAACGUGGGCCUGUGUUAUGAGCAUGGCAGAGGCACGGAGAAAGACCUGGCAAAGGCAGCUUUCUAUUACCAUCGUGCAGCCAGCAAUGGGCACCUCAUGGCCCAGUACCGCUAUGCCAGGUUCCUUUUACGCCAUGGGCUCAAAGCUGAAAGGGCUGACGUGCAGAAGGCUGUGACUCUGCUAGAGCAGGCAGCAGCAGCAGGGCUAGUGGAGAGACCCAGGUUUAUCCUCUCGGGACAACCUCUUUCCCUUCCAUGGGCUGUGCAGCAGGCACAGGCCUACCUUGGGGUGCUCUACAUGAAGGGGCUGCAGUCUGCAAAGCAGAGGGCUCUGAAAUACCUGUGGCUGGCAGCCAAGAAUGGGGAUUCCCAAAGCAGGUAUCAUGUUGGUGUUUGCUAUGAGAAGGGCCUUGGAGUACAACAGAACUUCGCAGAAGCAAUGGAGCAUUACCAGCACUCGGCUGCUGCAGGAAACAGACAUGCUCAGGAGAGAGUGCAAGUUGUUGAGCAGGAGAUGGCAGCCGCAGAGAGCAGCCAUCCAGCUCCUUCUGGAAUGAGAGCGUUCUCCUCCAGCCCCUGCCUCUGGGUCCUUGAGCAACUAGCAGAGCAGCGCCAGGCCCCUCCGAUGGGAUGUCGUGCUUUACCCCUGCCCCACGCCUGGAGCACAGGCAGUCUGGCGGGGGCUGACGUCAGCUGACUGAGAUGGAAUCCAGCCCCAGAACACACGGCAAGUCUAUCGGAUUCUUCCUGCCUGGAGCCACAGCCAGUGCCCUAUUCUCAGGGGAUAGCACUUGGCUAGUAGGUACAAAUGGAAUCAAUCCCUUCCUGUGGAAAUCAUGCCCAAGAGGAGCAGUAUCAUCCUCCUGUAACUCCACCAGCCCUUGGGGAGAGGCAGCAGUGUGGAGGGGGCGGGGUGAUGGCGGAUGAGGGUAGGCGAUGGUGUUUGGAGAGGAGGGGGCAGUGCAAGUUCUCUAAUGGAACAGGAAUGAUACAGGUGCUUCCAGAGCAGUCUCCCUGUGCCCUAUUGAUACUACUCUGAACUACCUGGCCUAAUUUCACACUGCCCCAGGCAACCCCGGGCCCCAGCUCCUCCACUCUGCCUUGGCCCAGGGGCCUAACCAUAUGCAUUCACACAGCCCAACCCAGCUCAGCCCCCAUGCUUUGUGAACUGGACCAGCGCCUCACUGUCUCUGCUGGCCUGAAGGUCUUGCUGGAGGCUCUUCCUCUGAACACCAAUGCUCUGCUCCACGUAGGAGCUGCACUUGGCUCUUUGGUCCAUCCCCUACCUGUACUGUCUGGCAGUGUCUGGCACCAUGUCAUGACUUGCCACCAGGGCUGCAGGUCACACAGUGGCUCUGCACACACAAGUUGCAGCAGUUUAAUUAAAUCAGUUAAAAGCUGAUUAAGUCAAACAGAUGCUUAUCUCUGCCUGCGCCUGGACAUGUACCCACACAAGCUAAACCGAUACAAGCAGGGUUUAAUCUGUGUUAAGAGUAUCUACACACAAAUUGCACUGUUUUAAUUCAGUAGCAAAUUCUCCCUGUAGUCAAACUGGUGCAUCUCUGCGUGUAGACCUGGCCUCACAACAGCAGCUGUCCCUUGGCACCUGUUCUCAAUUCCAGCCUCCAUUCUGCAACUGUAGGGUAUAGGCUCCCCCUCUGUUCCCAGAGCCUGUGGCCUUGCAUUCAAGGCCACUCAGUUUACUUGCUCUUCCUUUGUGAGGCAGGAUGCAACUGGCAGGAAAUCCCUCCAACGGAUUUCCCUACUCUCAUAAUAACCAGGGCUGCUCCUGAGCAUCAUCUCCCUGCUGCGGGCGGGGGGAGGAAGGGGGAGCUGCACCCACCCCCUUCCUUUGUUAUAGAACUCACCGUGCAGCGGGGAGGAAUGAAGCAUAGCAAGGCUAAGCUAGGGGAAUGGAAUUAAUCUCCUCUUUAAUUCACUAAUUUAUUGUCGUCUACAAAUAAAUCCAGUGGCUACAUGCAAAUAGUGCAGGGUGAGAAAGUUGGGAGGUUGUUCGCUGUGUUUGUGGGAUGCCUACAGUCUGAGAUGAGAACAAGCCCUCCAGUGCUGAGCUCCCCCAUAGCCACAAGCACGUCCCCUGUAGCUUGCAGAGGAGUUCAGGCCUGUGGCUGGGCCAGAAUUUGCCUCACAGUCAUUUGGUUGCUGAGGAAAAACAAUUUUGUUUUCAGCAGUCAGCAAGUAGUGAAGAAUUAGUGGUGUAACUAAUAAUAAGAUGAUGCAAGCAGCAAAUAAUGAGCCCCAUCCUUCAGGUCAGUUUUUUGCUUUCAAGGAUCUUUGGACUUUUCUUAAAGUAUUUUAGAGAAUCCAGUGUUAGAAGGAUUUGAUUUUUGAAAAAUUACAGAACUCCAAGUGCUAGAGACUUUUUGGUUGCAUUGCUCCAUCACCUGUGCCAGCCAUGUAGAAGGCACUCUCAAGGGAAUGGACAGUUGGGAGCAAGUUCUACUCCCCAUAAUGUCUUUUCAUUUUUGCUCCUUUAAAUUGGACCCUUCACCCCACAGUGUCUAUUCCUGCUGUGGGUUGCUGUGCACACACACACACUGCAAAGUUUUGUAACUGCUGUGCAUGUGGGAAAGGUAGUGAGAGGGCAGGGCAGGUGUGGGCAUUCACUAGACAAUUUUGGCCCUGUGCUGGUACUGCUAGAUCUUUGCCAGCUCUGGGGAAAUGCCGUUACAUAAAGGGGAGCCAGAAAUGCAGUUGUUUUGGAGAGCUCACCUCAAAAUUUGUAACAAGAGAGACACUAAAGUGGAGCUAUCAGUACAUCUAAACAGAAAGUGCUGCUUAGCCUUAACUAGGCCUGUGGCCAUUGCCAACAAGCUGCCUCCAGCUCCAGAUUACAAUCACCUCAGUAUUAACCUGUCUGGUGGAACAUUGAGCAGGUGACAACUGUCAAAUAUUUGGGUAGUGUCAGUGCUGGAGGAUGCUCAUAAGACGUGGACACUCAUACAGCAGAAGCUACUGCCAUGUUUUGGGCCCUUCAUGUGACCUCUGUGGAGAUGUUGGGACAUAAGUUUACCACAAAGCUGGUUAUAUAUAACUAUGGUUAUACCAAUUUUAUUGUAUGGAAUAACAUGGGCGCUGAGGAAGGCUGAAGAGCAUGGACUGACGUUUUCAAUUCUUGUCAUCAUCAUCAGCUGCUCCUUAUUUAAGGCAGGACAGGAUCAGAAAUGGGCAGGGGUUUAGUUUUGACAGUUAUCUUGGCAUGGUCAUGUCAGGAUGGAAGAUCAAUGAAUUCUGAAGCACAUGUACCAAGGAAUGCCAUGAACUGGCUGGUGAUCACAUGAGUGCCAAAAGCUUCAGUGGUGUGAUAAGACUGCCAGUGAUGGACAAACUGUGAAUAUCCAGCCAGACCAGAGAUCAGUUCUGGUGGCGCUUGAUCUGCAAGGAAGCCACUCCUACCCAGGGCUCAUUCACUCUCCCCACAUAUGGCAUAUGGCUCACCCCACACCAUAAAUACAUGCCCCCAAGACUUAGCUCCCUCUCUUCCCCCCAUGUUCUAGUUCUCACAAAUGCACAUGCACAACUCUAAAGCUCACCAUCCACCAUGACUGACCCUUCCUUACACCCUAUGGCUCAGCUGCCCUCCCAUACCCCUAUGGGUCACCCCCCAUGGCUUCACCCCCUCCACAGACACAUCCCUGUGGCUCACCCCCCUCCACAUAUACACACCCCUUAGUGCCAAAUUGAAGAUGGUCACUGGGGUGAGGCUUAUGAGUAUUUUUACAGCUGGGUUUCCAUUGUGCUUUCCAGGGUCCUCUGCUCUGCUCCCUUCCUCCUUACUGGUCAGCUGAUCUCCAGGCUGGGCUUCUAUCUAGCUGGGCUUCUUGCUCCCCCACCCCCUGGCUACACGCUGGACCCUGAUACACUGCAGCCUGGCUCCUGCCCCUGUGGGAAAGCUGGGGAACAUGAGGCAGUUGUGGGCAGUUCCCAGCCAGGCAGGGAUACAGAAACCACAGUGUCAGUCAUCUGGUGCAGCACCAUGGAGGAUGUGGGAGAAAAAUACUGAAUUCUGAGGCAUUUUGGCAAAAUGUGUUAGUCCACAGCUGUGGAAUCAUAGAGCCCGUGAAGUCUGAGAGAGAGGAACAAGACAGGUCUCACCUCUCCAAGCUGUACUUUCAGUCUCUCUGAAGACUCAGGCAGGCAUUACUGUAUCGGUUACACUUGAUCACAUUUAUGAGGCUUUUGUCACAACCACAAAGGCUAAAAAUAUUUUAAUUUUAAAUAAAAUUGAAGAUCCUGGAGUUUGAUUCUGCGGCAAUGUGAAUUCUGCAGCUGGGGUCUUGUCUGUGAGCUCAGGAUUGCUGAAUUUGGGUCUCAGAAUGAAGUUUGCAUGUGAUUGAGUGAGUUCUGUUCAUUGCUUCUCUAGCACAAUCCACUCUGCCCUACCCAGACUCGGAGGAAAGGGCCUUGCUGAAUUAUGGCCCCUGCAAGAGUGUCACUGCCUGUCAGACACCCAGGUGGCUUCAGUAACUGCAGUGUCUACUGCACUUGCUAUAGGGUUUGUUGCACAAUUUUCAUGUCAUAGAUCAUAGAAUCUAUGUCCUCCUGCUACCAGAAGUGAAAGCCCAGGUCCAGCUGGGAUGUAGGGCAGAUUGCAGUAUGGUAAAUGCUCUCCUAAGUUAUCUUCCCAUGUCAGCAAGGGAGGAAAGAGGAAUUGCUGGGCCUGAGGCAAAUGGAUGGUAGGUGGGGGCAGGUUGUGAGCAGGAAGGAGGUGCCCAAGUAAUGGGUGGAGAGAUGGGGUUGGGGGAUAGGCCAUGGGCAGAAAGGAGGAGACGUGAUGGAUGGGAAAUGGGACCUGUAGCUGGGCCAUAGAUGGAGAGGAAGGACUGGGAGCUGGGCCAUGGGUGGAGAGGGAGAGAUGGGCUAUGGGCAGGGCAGGUGGGUCCAGAUGCCAGACUGUCAGGUGGGAGGUGGGACCAGACACUGGGCUGGGGUGUUGGGGCAGGGAGAUGAGCUAUGGGCAGAGAUGCAGGGCUGGGCAUGGAUGGGGAAGAGGGACCAGGUACCAGGCUGUGGAUGGGGAGGUGUGUGCAGAGAGACUGGACUGUGGGUAUGGAGGAGUAGCUGGGUGUUGGGCUAUGGGCUUAGAGGUGGGGCUGGUGCCAGGCUGUGGGUGGGAAGGAGAGGCUGAGUGCUAGGCUGUUCAUGGGCAGACAGAUGGGCCUGGUGUCGGGCCAAGGGCAGGGAAGCAGAGCUGGGAUAUGGGGUUGGAAUAGGAACUCCUUUGGAAGGAGCCAAGAGAUGGAAGGGGAUUUGGGGGAGGUGGGAUCAGAUAAGGGAAGCAGGAGGGCAGCUGCAUCUAUGACAAUCUCUAUUGAGGUGUGAUUCACGCUGGAACUGUUCACCACCAUCAGUUGCUAUUUCCAUUUGCAAAGAGCAUUGGUUCUGCUCAUGUGUCUGCUGCAGCCGUCAGCCUUCCCAUAUGACCUACACAGCAGGAGCAUCGCCGUCCAUCCCAAAGGGCUUGCUAUGCGCAGAGAGCUGCUGCAGGAGUCCCGAGGCCGUUGCUGCAUGGACCUGUGCUUUCUGGGAUAAGAUCAUUUCAAAUAGGGUGCUCAUCUCGGAGAGGAAAGUGCUGGCCAGUCUCGUCCUGGCUGCAUUUGGGUCAGAUCCAGUAACUUUGCCAAAUGUCUCAAAGGUUCUUGGUUUAUCCUGCUCUGCAUCUUCCUGGUCCUGAGAAGAGUGCAUAGAAGCAGGGGAGAAAACAUUGUCCUUGUAGCUGCUGGUGAGGGACAGGGAGAGCCGAGCCAUCCAUGCAGGGUCUGCCGUCAGCCUCUCCAGGGCCAGCCCUGCAGGGAGCAAUGCACCAAAAAGAAACAGGGAUGGUGAGAGCUGGGGCUGAACAGUCCAUGGGAGAAGAAAGAAAAGACUGAGGAAAGUGCCCUUGACCAGCUGGGAGAAGGGCAGGGGGAGCAUUCCUGACUCCAGGCUUUCAAACCUUGUGAGUCAGCCAGCCCAAAAAUGGAAGUGGCUUAAAAGUAAUGAGAUUUUAAAAUAAAAUAAAUGUGGGGCCUCUUUGCCUUGGUAGUUUGGAGUUUUUAGUGAUCACAUUUCAGACUUUAUUUCACAACUACAAGGGCCUAUAUUUAGCAUUUAUUCAAUCAGAGGUGAGAUUCUGGUGUCAUCACAUGGCUCCAGCAUCUGGGAGCUUUAAGGAAAACACUAAAUAGCAUGAAAGUCAUUCUAAAAUGGCAGGAGGUGGCAUCACUGUAAUAAUUGUGUGCCCCACACAGCCCUUUUACAGUCAGUAGUUCCCUAGGAAAGUUCUUUCUAAAAUGGUGACUCAGUUUCAUCUACUUAGCCAGGUUGCCUGUUAAAAAGAAACAGCCAAAUUGCUGGUUUGGCUAUGUUCUCAUGUAAUCCACGGUGUGAUGUGCCCCCUGCCAGUGGCUGGUCCACACAGGAUAGCAGCCUACUCUUGCUGCCAGCAAAGUUGUUAAAGGUGGAGCAUGGAAAUCUAGAGUUCAAACCCUGCUAAAGGCACAGCACAGGGUGAAGAGUGACCCAUAAAAUGAUAUUAUUUUAAUUUUUUUUUAAAAAUAAAAAACCCUAAAACCCAGCAAAUGGCUUAUGAAACCCAGUUAAGUGAAUUAUAUUAGGGUUGCAAAAUCAAGCAUUUGCAUAUUAGGAAAUGCCAGAAUUUUGACUGUCCCUUUGCUCUUGUAAGAGGGUAAAUGGAGUUCCCAAUUUCCAAUGUGCUUGCUUCAGAUCAUUCAUUAUUCUGUCUGUCAUAUCGCCUCAUCUGCUCUCUAAACUAAGCUUUUCUGACCUUUUCACUCUCCCCCAUGGCAAUCUCUCCAAGCUCCUAAUCAUUCUUAUUGCCCUCCUCCUACUCCCUCCAAUUCUGCAAGACCCUUUCUGUAGUUGCAUUCCUAGUGCAAUACACAGGAUCCUGGGGAGGGGAGCCCAUGGAUUUAGAAAAUGGUAAUACAAUAGUGUUCAUCUUUUGAUGUUCCAGUGCAAAAACGAGGCAGAUAAGCUAGUUCCCUACUGGGGCAGAACUAGGGUCGUUUGGGUACUGUCAGUCUGAUUCUCCUCUCAGUUACCCUGGUUUUACUCCAGUGUCACUCCAGUCUCCAGUGGGGUUGCUCCUGAUUUACAUCACUAGGGUGGGUGAGAGAGAGGAAUCUGUCCCAGUUAUUCAGUCGGGUUACCCUGAGGAGGAAAUCAAACCCAGUGGCCAUGAAUUUCCAUGCUUUCAAAUAUUUAAUUUCACCUUUAUCUCUGAAUUCCCUCACUUUUAAUAGCUGCUUUUGCAGCUACAAGGCUCUCCUGAGGGGUUAUGACUUUAUGCCUGCCCUCCAGUGUAGAUCAGAUGUUGACCUUUGCUUGCUUGCUGGUUUGUUUUCAGUUUGCAGAAGCUGAUAGGGGGCUGUGUGCCAUGAGAGAGACAGAGCCUUUGAUCACAGCAGAGCCCUGUUAGGGGGUGGGGUUUCCCUUAUUGGGGGGCCUAUAAAGGCAGCCAAGUAGCUAGCUAGUGGUAUAGGAGUUAGCAAACAGCUGAAAAUAGUGUAGUAUGAGUGGGUGUUUGGGGGAGAGAAUGUUUGGUGUUCUGUUUUUUCUUGAGAGGAUUAUAGGAGGGAAGGCUAUGACAGCUACAGGGGCAGCAAUAUCAGUGAGCCAAGGAAUGGAAAAGACAAUGAAGAUGACUGGAUGUAGAGCUGCAGGAUGUAUCCCAGAACAAGUACCUGAAAGGUGCUUCAUUUGUAUGAAGUGCUAUCUGGGACAACUGAUGGAAGAGAAGAGCCAAGGUUUGGAGCUGCAGGUAAAAACUAUGGUUGAGUUUCAAAGGAGAUUUGAGCAGCUGAUGGAGAGGAGGCUGAAUGGAAAACUGCUAGAUGAGGAAAGUGGCCAGUGGAACCAUGUGACAGCAAGAACCAGGCAGAGGAAAAGACCACCUAGUGAGGGGGAAAUAGAGCUGAAGAACAGGUUUGCUAAGUUGCAAAAUGAAGAAUGGGCAUAGCAGGCAGAAGGUGGGAGGGCACCAAAAAAGGUGGGAGGUCAACAAAAAAGAGAAGAGUGGCUAGUCCUAUAAGAAAGCCAGAGUUUGGAAUCACAGGAGGAUAGAGGAUGAUUGACAGAAGACUGCAAGUAAGAGCAAAGGAUGAGAGGACUUGCAGCCAGAAAAAAGUGGAAGAGGAAGGCCAGAGAAUUGCACCAACACCAGGAAGAAGCAGGUCUGUGUGAUUAGGGACUACCUACUAAGAAAGACAGGCCUGUCACCAGAGCUGAUCUAGGGAACAGGAGGGUGUGGUGUAUGCUGGGAAUUAAGAUAUGGGAUGUGGACCUGAGGCUGCAGAGGAUCCUAAUGAGAGCAGAAAAGAAUCCACUGAUUGUCCUUCACACCCUGCACACUGUUGUAGUAAUCUGUUUGUACAAAGUAUGCCCUGUAGAGUAUCAUUUGAAAACUUUUAUAACUUGCUGGUCAGUCAUUAUGCUUGUAAAACAUGUGUGGCAACACUGUAUGUGAAGUUAUAAGAUUCCCCUGUAUGAUGUUACUAACAUGUUCCAAAUCCCACAGCCCUGCCCAGGCAGAAGUGAGGUCUGUCCUAAACAAAGGAAGUAAUGUGUGCUUGCCUUAAUUUUAAUUUAAACAAUAAACAAAGUCAUUAAGCAGGGAGAGAAACAAAUGAAGUUUCAACAGGUGGGGAAAAAAACAGCAGGGAAUAUCCUGCCACAUAGACUCUUGGUCUCAGCCAGAAAUGUUUUUCAAGAGGGCAACUGAUAUUAUGAAAAGGAGAGACAAUCCAAUACAUCCCCCUCUCUCUUCCUGCCCAUUACAUUCUCUGCACCUGAGAAGAGAAAAGGGAAACAGCUGUUGGACUCUGGGGGAGGGGUCCUGACCUGAGAGUUUGACCAGUAAUCUGCUGGAGCAUGUGCUGAGAAAGUGUGCUUUGCAACUAAGAUAGUUUCUUAAGUAGAUAUUAAUAAGUGUUUUGUCUCUGUUUUUCUUGUAACCAUUUCUGGCUUUUAUACCUCAUUGCUUAUAGACACUUACAUCUCUUUAAUUAAUAAACUUGUUUUACUGUUUUAUUUAA